AUGCUGCCCUGCUUGCGGUCCCCCGGGACACCAACCCUUUGGAAGGGACCUACGGGGGCUCAGCUGUGGCAGAGCAUUACCUCGGUGUUCCCGCUGUUCUCAGACCUGGCCACGGCCCCUCAGAAGGCUGGGCAGCCCGGAGGUGCCGACCUGCCUUUGCCCCUGCCUUCGGCGAGGGGGGCAGGCCUUCGGACUCCUCCUCCGGCCGCUCCGGCGCCUCCAAGUGAGCCCCGGGGGCACCCAGGCUGCGUGCCCUGCCCUACCUUCCCUUUCCUCUCCCCCUCCUUCUUCUAUCUAAAAAUGGGAGAAACGAGCCAGGCUGCGGGAUCAGAGCUGCCUUCCUCCCCCCGUCCUCCUCCUUCCCUCCGCUCCGGCUGCUCCCCGACGGUCGGGAACGGGACUCAGCGGCCCGGCCGGGACAUCACUGGGCUCGGGAUUCCUGAUGGGAUUAGUAGGGAUUUGCUGUGCGUGAGCCGGGAGCUGCUGGGUGCCACAGAUCUGGCUACCGUGCUGGGGGGAAGGCCGGGCUCUGGGCUGCGGGGUCGUGGGACUCUUAUUGCUCCAGGCGAGACAGCAAGCACUGAGACAGGGAUGCCUGGGUCAGGCUGCCAGGACAAGCAGCCUGAGUUGGGCCUUGGCCAGGGUAAAGCCUCACGCCACAGCCACGAGACCAGCCACAGGGAAGCCGGAUUGGAUGGGCUGGGUGCUGGGCAUGGCACAGUGCCGACUAGAACUGUGCUGAUCCCUCCUUCUUUCUCCCAGCACCUCACCUUCCCACUGCUGUCAGUCACCCUCUUGGUGUCCUUUGGCUCCUCCAUGCUCUAUGGCUACAACCUGGCUGUGGUGAACUCACCGGCGGUGCACAUAAAGGCUUUCUACAACACCACGUGGGCCCAGCGGUAUGGGCAUGGGCUGGCCCCUGGCCCUCUGACCCUCCUUUACUCCCUUACUGUCUCCAUCUUUGCCCUGGGCGGGCUGGUGGGCUCCUUACUGGUGGGGAUGCUGGUGGACCGAUACGGCAGGAAUGGCACACUGAGCCGCAGCACUUUCCUUGUCCUCCUGGCUGGUGGCUUCAUGGGCUUCAGUCGGCAGCUGGGGUCCCCUGAGAUGGUGAUCAUUGGCCGCUCCAUCACCGGGCUUCACUCAGGUAUCUGUCUGAGUGUGGUGCCCCUCUACCUGGGAGAAAUCGCCCCCAAGAACCUACGGGGUUUCCUGGGCCUUGUUCCCAGCAUCUUCAUCUGCCUGGGGGUUUUCUUUGCACAAGUCCUGGGCCUCCCAGAGCUGCUGGGCAAGGACAGAUUCUGGCCCCUUUUCCUGUCAGUGGUGGUCAUUCCUGCCUCCCUCCAGCUCCUGCUGCUGCACUGCUUCCCUGAGAGCCCACGGUACCUGCUGAUAGAGAGGAAUGAUGUCUGUGGGGCCACCAAGGCACUGCGCUGGUUCCUGGGGACACCUGAUGUGCAGGAUGUGAUCGAGGAGAUGAAGGAGGAGCAGCAAUCCCUCUCCUCUGUGAAGAUGGUCUCUGUCUGGCAGCUGCUGCGGGACCGCUCCGUCCGCUGGCAAACCCUCUCAGUGGUGGUGGUGAGCGCUGGCGUGCAGCUCUCAGGGAUUGAUGCUAUCUGGUUUUACACCAACACCAUCUUCGAGAAUGCCGGGAUCCCCGUGUCCCAGAUCCCCUACACCACGGUGGGCACUGGUGCCAUUGAAGUGGUUGCUGGGCUGGUUGGGUGCUUUACCAUCGAGAAGCUGGGCCGGCGGCCCCUCACCAUCACCGGGUUCUGCGCUAUGGGCAUCUGUUCAGCUGGCAUCACUGUCUCCCUGCUGCUGCAGACCACUGUGCCCUGGAUGCACUACCUUGCUGUCACCUCUGUGGUUGGCAUCAUCGCUGGCUUCUGCGUGGGACCAGCUGGUGUCCCCUUCCUGAUGACAGCUGAGCUCUUCACACAGUCACACCGUCCUGCUGCCUACAUCGUGGGGGGAUCCCUCAACUGGCUCUGCAACUUCACUGUUGGCUUUAUCUUCCCCUUCUUGCAGAUGUCUGCUGGUGCCUUUUGCUACCUGGUUUUCUGUGGCAUCUGCCUGUUGGUGGCUCUGUACGUCUACCUGGUCAUCCCUGAGACCAAGAACAAAACCUUCAUGGAGAUCAGCUACAUCUUUGCCACGCGCCGCUCCUUCCUCUCCAUCCCAAACCAGCUCAUUGGGAUGAUGAAGCUCAAUGGCUAUGGGGCCUUGGAGAGCAGCCCUCUGGAGGGAGCAGGGUCCAGCCUGCCCUGA